CUYGCAAAUGAUAAAUUAUCGCGAUGCUUCGCUGCAGUCGAGUACGAAGACAGAAGGCUCCGCUUUCUGACUUGAAAUCUUCUGCUUUCCUUUGAAUUGGUAUAUUGUAUCUCUUUCAGGGUUGGCCAAGACAUGACGUUAAAAAGAAUAAUCCUGCAACUAAAAACCCGAUCAGUUUAUACAGGCUGUUCCCUACGACUUAAGAUAUUGAUGGUUACCAUGGUAAURAUAGUUGCCACCAUCAUGUUCUUGCAUUUCUAUCUGUUGCCCAUUGCAUCAGGGGCUUAUAACGAUGAGUGCUAUUUAAGUAAAGAAAGAYACAAGAAUCUGUUAUAUGCCAUCCAAGCCAUUGGACAAACCAUGGACAAACACAAUAUCACCUACUGGCUAGAUUAUGGAACUUUACUGGGAGCCCUUAAGUCUGGAGACAUUCUUCCAUGGGAUGGGGAUGCUGAUAUAUCAUAUCUGGUUGACGAUGAAAAUUAUAGCUUGCAUGAAGAAUUGGAUAGGCAAUACGAUAUUCAGUCCAAUGAGUUAAUAGCAAGGUACAAAACAGAAUCGAUUGAUUACGUACGAUGGACAAAAAAACAGGGAUUUUACGACGGAAAGGAGCAAACUAUAUUACACAAAUUCUAUCCGAGUUCUUUACUUCAAAAUGAGAAUAUUAUUUUAAAAUACCAUCAUAAACUGGAGAGUUUUCCUAUGGCCUGGGCUUUGCCAACUAGACUUGUGGAUUUUAAUGGAAUCAAACUUCACAUACCUAAUGCACCACACAAGCUACUCCGGCAUAGGUAUCCAUGGACUUACAGUGUUGGAUUAUCAGUACCAUACAAAUGGAAGUGUUGGGUUCCCUGUUGGAUUAAGACAGCCAAUGGUUGCUAGAUAUCCAUGGACCUGAUAUUCUAUUGGGUUAUCAGUACCAUACAAAUGGAAGUGUUGGGUUCCCUGUUGGAUUAGGGCAGCCAAUGGUUGCUAGAUAUCCAUGGACCUGAUAUUCUAUUGGAUUAUCAGUACCAURCAAAAGGACCUGAUAUUCUACUGGGUUAUCAGUAUCAUACAAGUGGAAGUGUUAGGUUCCUAUGUUCAAUGGCUGCUAUUGUUAUCCAAGAUUUUUUGGACAUGAACCAAUUUUGCUAAUAAAAUGCAAAUACAACAUGYAAAUAACACCUUGGUAAAACUAUUGAAGAAAUAUUUCUAGACUACCUGUCUUUCUUCUUUCUGUAGAGAUUUUCUCCUUUUUUGCUUAGUACUCACAAAUAUUGGUGUGUUUUACCGUGCCAUUUAGAGUGCAUGCACACACACACACACAAAUUUAAUGAAAAAGUGCUAAAUCGAUGUUUAAAAAAAUUGAUGUCAUCACGUGUAACAGCCAAUCACAGUGCRAACUGUAGUUAGCUCUAUUAAAAUCUAUACAUGGCCUAUCCAGGUCCUUGUAUUCUCCCACCAAA